AUGAAGCCUCUGCCGAGCCGGAGGAGGAAAACCCAAGGCUUCUCGCUGGGACUCUUCGCCCUCUGCCUGGCCACGGCCCGCUGUCUGCAAAGUCAGGGAGUGUCACUGUACAUUCCCCAUCCCACCAUCAAUGCCACCGUCAAAGAAGACAUCCUACUCUCAGUUGACUACUCCUGCCACGGCGUGCCCACCAUCGAAUGGAAGUACACGUCCAGCUGGGGAGCGCAAAAGAUCGUAGAGUGGAAACCAGGGACACAGGCCAACAUCUCGCAGAGCCACAGGGACCGAGUCUGCACCUUCGACAACGGCUCCAUCCAGCUCUUCAGUGUGGGCGUGAGGGAUUCCGGCUACUACAUCAUCACUGUGACGGAGCACCUGGGGAGCAGCCAGUUUGGCACCAUCGUGCUCCAUGUGUCUGAGAUCCUCUAUGAAGACCUGCACUUUGUCGCUGUCUUCCUUGCUUUCCUUGCUGCUGUGGCCGCGGUGUUAAUCAGCCUCAUGUGGGUCUGUAAUAAGUGUGCGUAUAAAUUCCAGAGGAAGAGAAGACACAAACUCAAAGAAAGCACAACAGAAGAGAUUGAGCUGCAAGAUGUUGAGUGUUAG